CGUUUUUCUCGGCAAGCGCUUUACUGUGAAAAUCUCCGGUCGAAAACACGUGAAAAACUAUCAAAAAUCGGCAACUCGGAGUGUACAUGAAUGUUUAAGAUGUAUUUUUAAAAUAAUUAAUGUUUGGGGGGUAUUUAGAGGAUGAAAUAGAUAUUAGCUUUACUUGUGUCGUAUUUAAUGUGUAGUAAUUUAAUGUGAUUGUGAUCAAGUGUUUGUGUGUACAUUUCAAACAUAUCAAUCGUGUUAACUUCAAAAUUGUUGUGAAACCGAAAACAUCGAGUCGAAAUUAUGUAAACUUCAUCUGACAAUCGCCCUAGGACAAGAUGAAUAGUGUAUUUGCUUUGGCGUUUGUGGCUAUCAUCGCUUUUUGUGGCGGUCUGACCGCUCCCGCUUGCGUGUGCGACAAAAGAGAGUGUGAAAUCAUCAACGAAAUUGACUGUCCUGGAUUGGGAAUUGUUGUAUGGGAUCCUUGCAAAUGUUGUCAAGAAUGCGCAAAGACCGAAGGUGAACCCUGCGGGGGCGAUUUAGGUUUUAGUGGGACUUGCGAGCCUGGAUUAUCUUGCCAACAACCUGGACCAUCUCCUAGCGAAGGAACCUGCAGACCAAUCAUUUUUGACAACCACGAAGAUACGUGAAAUAUGUUUUACCGUUUUUUAUUUUCUUAUUUCCGGAGAGCGUUGGGAAGAUGGAGAAGAAACCCCCGAAAUUUUAUUUUGUAACGACUCGUAAAAGUGUGUACAAAAAAACUGAUAGACUUUAGAGUGUUAUGAAGAGUGUUCAGAGAACUUUUUAUCGGCUUUAAGCAAAAAAAUUGUGGAUAAUAAGUAUUUAUUUGAGCCAAUUAAGGCUUCGUAUUAAUUUAAACGCUAUAUGUGACUGCUAUCCAAAAAUUUAAUGUGUACAUUUGUGACAAUACGAUCAAAAAUUUGAUUUCUGUUAAUUGUAAUGUAAUAUAAAUAUUGUAUAAUUAAUUUUUUUUUGUGAGAAAGUAUAUA